AUCAAUUCUCGAAACACAAUGAAGCGGCUGAGCAGCUCGUGGGAAAAUUUGGAAAAACGCGGCUUAUACACCUGAAAAUAAGAUCAUGGCAGAUUCUUCAAAGCCGAAAACUUCAAAGAGAGAUGAAGAAGGCGGUUAUGAGAAAGAGAUAAUUUCCAAACACCCGGAUAUGGAACUAGCACAGCUACGAUUUCUGGUCAACCAUCCGGACCUCGACCCAAUCAUCAAGAAACAAAAACUUGACCAAUUACAGGCUGCUAUCAAAGAAUUUGACAUGGCACCCUUGUAUGAGCUUAUUUGUGGAGAACUCGGAGUUCCUGCUGAUGCUGCACAGCUGUCAAUAAUGAAGGAGAAUAAUGCUAAGAGGCUUAAAGAAAUAGAGGCAGAAAUCGAGGAUGCUGAAAACAAUCUCGGCGGUACUGAAGUGCGUUUGGCAUGGUUGAGGAAAUUUGAAUAUUAUUGUCAGAUUGGAGACAAGGAGAAUGCAUGCAAAACAUUUACGUCGACUUAUGAUAAAACCGUUGGUAUGGGUUAUCGCAUUGAUCUGGUCUUCAACAUGAUCCGCGUUGGACUCUUUUUCCUCGACCACGCACUCAUCAAUCAGAAUAUCACCAAAGCUAAAGAGCUCAUGGAGCAGGGUGGUGACUGGGAACGUAAGAAUCGUUUGCGUUCUUAUGAGGCCUUGUAUAAAAUGUCUGUGAGAGACUUCGCUGCUGCUGCAAAUCUGUAUCUCGAAGCGGUGCCCACUUUCGGUUCAUACGAGUUGAUGACCUACGAGAAUCUCGUUUUCUACACUGUUGUUACUUCGCUGUUUGCACUCGACCGUCCAGAUCUUCGCACUAAGGUGAUCAAGUGCAACGAAAUACAGGAGCAGCUCACAGGAGGUGGAGUAAACGGUGCACUUGUUCCUGUUCGAGAAUAUCUAGAGGCUUAUUAUGGAUGCCAGUACGAUAGAUUCUUUAUACAACUUGCAGCCCUUGAAAGCGAGAGGUUCAAAUUUGAUCGAUAUCUUGCUCCUCAUUUCAACUAUUACUCACGAGGUAUGCGUCUACGUGCCUAUCAGCAGUUCCUUACACCCUACAAAACGGUUAGAAUGGACAUGAUGGCGAAAGAUUUUGGAGUUUCACGAGCUUUCAUUGACAAGGAAUUGCAUCGACUCAUCGCUGCAGGACAAUUACACUGCAGGAUUGACGCUGUACGUGGUGUCAUCGAAAUGAAUCAUCCUGACUCGAAAAACCAUCUUUAUAAGGCUGUUAUUAAAGACGGCGACAUACUGUUGAAUCGCAUUCAGAAGCUUGCACGCGUUAUAAAUGCAUGAAAGUAUGCCGAAUGCAUUUCCUUGGUCUCAUUCAACUACACCGAUUAAAUUAUUACUCGUCUAUGCAUUAUUCGCGAUAAAGGAAUUUAUCUAUGUGUACAAA